AUGAUUAAAAGAGAUAUAAUUGGUUCAUAUUUAUUUGGCCUUGAAAGUCGCGCAGAAAAGUAUUCUUAUAUUGAUUUGGAUGCACGCAUGAACAUAUUGCCUUUGAGUUCUUCUCAGAAUACUAUACAACUUGGCAUAAGACUAAGGUCACCAACUAUUCAAUUUCAUCCCGGGAGCAAGGAACUUAUGCAAAAGUAUAUUAUUCCUUACAUAACAUGUAUGACAAUGACAUGUCGAAGAAGUUUAAUAAAAAACGCUGCGAAAAAAUAUGUAUCAACUGCAGGAAUUCCAUUUGUCGAAAAAGUUAGUGAGAUGCCUGCAAGUGGUAAUUUAGAAGAUCGCGUUCAAAUUAUCGAAACUUUGCUUAAAGAAUAUUAUCUCGAUGUUGAAUUUUUAGAAAUUUUAAAAAAAGAAAAAAACAAUGUUUCACAAAGCAAUGAAAGCAUCACAAGAAAAGGAUUUAAUUUAUAUAUCAAUUGA